AGCCGGUCCUCUUAUUCCGGGUUGUAACUAAAUACUGUUGCGAGCACAGCCGAGGCCCUUUGUUGGAGAUGUGUGAGCGCAGUCUCUACAGAGCUGGCUAUGUGGGCUCGCUUCUGAAUUUGCAGUCACCGGACUCUUUCUACUUUUCCAACCUGCGGCCCAAUGGCAGCCAGUUGGCCGCGCUUCCCCCCAUUUCGUACCCUCGCGGUGCGCUGCCCUGGGCCGCUACGCCUGCCUCGUGCACCCCUGCGCAGCCUGCCACCGCCUCUGCCUUUGGGGGCUUCUCCCAGCCCUACUUGACCGGCUCUGGGCCUCUUGGCCUGCAGUCUCCAGGCGCCAAGGACGGACCCGAAGAACAGGUCAAGUUCUAUACGCCUGAUGCUGCCCCCGGAUCUGAGGAACGCAGCCGAACUAGGCCGCCCUUCGCCCCCGAGUCUAGCCUGGCUCACUCGGCUCUCAAAGGCACGAAGUAUGACUACGCGGGUGUGGGCCGAGCCGUUCCAGGCUCUGCAACCCUGCUCCAGGGGGCCCCCUGCGCCUCGGGCUUCAAGGAAGACACCAAAGGCCCGCUCAACUUGAACAUGACAGUACAAGUGGCCGGGGUGGCCUCUUGCCUGCGAUCUUCGCUGCCCGACGGCCUGCCGUGGGGGGCGGCCCCGGGGAGGGCCCGCAAGAAGAGGAAACCGUACACAAAGCAGCAGAUUGCGGAGCUGGAGAACGAAUUCCUGAUCAAUGAAUUCAUCAACCGGCAGAAGCGUAAGGAAUUGUCGAACAGGCUAAACCUCAGCGACCAGCAGGUCAAAAUCUGGUUCCAGAACCGGCGCAUGAAGAAGAAGCGCGUGGUGCAGCGCGAGCAAGCACUGGCGCUCUAUUAGCUGCUCACGAGGGCGGCGGCGGUGCCAAGCCUGCCCUUUUGGACCUAGGCCUGGCCAUGGAAGAGGUGCUGGGGCUGGGGAUU